CAGAGAUGCCUCUCAUGUCCCUCCUCCAUGUUCAGAUCUUGCUUCCUCCCACUCCAUUAAAUGUGUGAAGAUCCUGCUAGCUACAACAGUCACCACAAUAUGGGUUAGGGAUGGAGACGGGCUCCCUGUGGGCAGUGCACUGGAGAUGACACACAGCUCUUUAUAGGAGAGCAGGAAUUUCUCACCUUACACCUUAGCUCCUCAGCUUUCCUGCUGCAGAGCUCAUCAGGUAGCUAGAAGAGUAACAGCUUGCUGUCAUGUGUAGCGUAUUAGCCAGUGCUGAUUGCACCCACCCUCCUUUCAGACACACCCUACAGUAAUGUGCAGAUUGAGGUAUGAGUUGUACCAGCCCAGGGUCAACCUUGGUUUAGGUUGAAUUGUGUCUAAGUUCAACAAAGGGCAGCAUCAUACCACAGACAUGGUGGACUUUUCCCCUAGUGCUGUCACACAAUGCCCUUGGGGCCACUAUACUACCUUCUGGUGCCAAGAGGUCAUCCCAGCCAGAAGCUACCAACCAGUCUGUAUUGCUCCAUGCAGGAUUGUGGGAAUUGAGUGCAUUUGGCUCAGACGCUGGUGAAAAAUCAUCCAUAAUGCGCUGCGGUUUGGAGCAGUACUGGGAACUUGGGUUGUACCCAGCAGGGCUGGAUUAAGGCAGUAUAGGCCCAUGCCCAGGUUCUGGCACCAGUGUCUGGAUUCAUUACUAUACCAGAGUCUCAACUUCCAUUUAUAGAGUCCUGUCCAGAUAGAAAAUUUGUAUCCAAUCUGCAAAAAUGGUCUGCAGAUACCUGUGGAUUUGCAGGGCUCUAUCCAUUUCAAAUAAAAAGCUUCCAGCCCUUGUGGUUGGGGAGAAAAGUUUGAACAUGUAAUCUGAUGCAGUGAUGCCUCCUUCAGUCUGCAGUGAGCCUCAUCCAAUCGCUCCAAGAGCAGGAAAGCCCAGGUGUAACCAAUGCAGUGGGGCUUGCCUGAGGUUAUGUCUACACUAGCGCUUUUGUCACUAUAACUUAUGUCACUUGGGUGUAGAAAAAAAAAUCCCUUUGACUGACAGAAGUGCCGCUGUGGACAGUGCUAUGUCAGCGCUGACAUAGCUACCGCGGCUCCGUGGGGGUUGUUUAAUUACGUCGAGAGGAGAGCUCUGUCGGCAUAGAACAGCUACACGGGAGAUCUUACGGCAGCACAGCUGCAUCGAUACAGCUAUGCUGCUGUAAGAUUACUAGUUUAGACAUGGCCGGAGUCUGUAGAGAUCCUGAGGCAAUUACCUGAGAGAGGGAAUUGCUUUGGGUCUAAUCAGUCCAAUGACACUGGCUGCAUCUGUAGAAAACCUGAGCUGAUCGCUUGGAGCAGUGUAACUGAUGCAGUGACUCUGGUUGAGACUACAGGGAGACUGAGCUAAUUGCUCCGAGCAGGGGGAACUGCUCUGUGCAUCUCAGGGUGGGUGUUAAUUACCAGCCCUGCCCCAGAAGGGGUCUCUGUGGGGCAGAGUGCAGUGGGGUCAGCUCUUCCUUUCAUGCAGACACGCUGGCUGCUGGGCCAGGUGCUGGGGGAUCUCUGCCACCAACAAGCCAAGUGGGGAUCGGGCCAUGAUGCGGUGGCAGGGCUUUAGGCACAGCCAUAGGGAACUGACCUUGCAGGGGGGAGCCCUGCUCCCCACAUCGAAACCACCUUCCCCAAAGCCCCCCUAUAAAAACCACCUCUCCCAGAGCUGUGCCCCAAUAGAAAGUACUUCCCCCAAAACACAAAAACCACCUUCUCUGGAGCUGUGCCCCAAGCCCCUCCCACCAUAGACACCACCUUCGGUGCCUCCCUCGCCACUAGAAACUGCCAUCCCUGCAGCAGGCACCACCCCUCCCCCCCAAUAGAAAUCACCUCUCCUCCACCCCAUAGCAACUGCUUCCUGGAAAGGACUCGACCCAUAGCAACCACCUUUCUUGGAGCCAAGCAACCUUCACCUCUGGAGUCCCCGCCCCAUAGGAACUACCUUCCCCAGAGUGCUUUGCGACUUGCGAGAGCCUGGAUAUUUCCCAGGGUGCCCUGCAGGGGAAGCCACACAAAGGGGCCAGGCUGCGCUCUCCUUUCUUAGCCAGCUGCUGUUGCUGCAGGACCCCCCAGCCUCUGCCUGCAUCCUCCUCCCGUGCCCUGUGGAGAGCCAGGGCUAACGGCCCCUGACCCAGACGCAGAUGGAACCAGGGGAGGAGUCCAGUGUCCCGGAUCCACAGGGCUCAGAGGAAAUGGAGGUUGGAGCAGACGACAGUGCCGCCUGUCUCUCAGAGGAGGAGGAUUCCGACCAGGAAGGCCCUGAGAUGGUGCCAUCCCACAAGAUGUGGCCAGGGGUCUCCAAGGGCGACGUCUCGCCCGGCUCCCCAUGGGACAUGGCUGGCCAGAGCCCGGGCAUUGGGGCACAGGCGCCGGAUGAUUCUGGUGACCUGGAGCAGGGGCUGGAGGAGUUUGGUGACAUCAUUGUGCACCGGGUGACACAGAUGGGUGUGAAGCCAUGCCGCUACAUUGAGGGGGGGCGCAGCUACGAGCUGAGCCCUGGUCUGGCCCGCCGGCUGCUGCGGCUCGACGAGAAGCCGUACGAGUGCACCGAGUGUGGCAAGAGCUUCAAUCAGAGCUCCAACCUGCACCGGCACCAGCGCACACACACUGGCGAGCGCCCCUACUGCUGCCCGGCCUGCGGCAAGGCCUUCAGCCGCCGCUCCAAUCUGGCGCAGCACCAGCGCAUCCAUUCCGGCGAACGCCCCUUCCACUGCGGCGACUGCGGCAAGAGCUUCAGUGAGAGCUCCUACCUGAUCCGGCACCAGCGCACCCACACCGGCGAGCGCCCCUAUAAGUGCCCAGCCUGCGGCAAGGCCUUCUCCCGCAGCUCCCACCUGGCACGACACCAGCGCACCCACACGGGUGAGCGCCCCUACCCAUGCACCGACUGUGGCAAACGCUUCGGUCUCAGCUCCGACCUGGCCACGCACCGCCGCACCCACACAGGCGAGAAGCCUUUCCGCUGCACCGACUGUGGCAAGGCCUUCUCCCGCAGCUCCCACCUGGUGCAGCACCAGCGCACCCACACCGGGGAGCGCCCCUACCGCUGCGCCCAGUGCGGCAAGAGCUUCUGCCAUGGCUCCAACCUGCUGCAGCACCAACGCACGCACCGUGGCGAGCGCCCCUACCGGUGCCAGCAGUGCGGCAAGGCCUUCAGCCUGAGCUCCAACCUGAUCCGCCACCAGCGCAUCCAUACGGGCGAGCGCCCCUACCGCUGCACCGACUGCGGGCGCAGCUUUGUGCUGAGCUCUGACCUCCUGCAGCACCACCGCGUACACACGGGCGAGCGUCCCUACCAGUGCCCCGACUGUGGCAAGGCCUUCUCCCGUGCCGCCCACCUGGCCCAGCACCGCCGCACCCACACGGGCGAGCGCCCCUACCACUGCCAGCACUGCGGCAAGAGCUUCAGCCAUGGCUCCAAUUUCAUCAAACACCAGAGCACCCACCUGCAUGGCUGGCAGCCCUGCUGGCCCCUUAAGGAGGGCGGGGAGGGCCCCCAGGAUGAUGGGGCUGGCAAGGAGGUGGAGGAGGGGCAGGCACAGCCUUAAAGCAUGGCAGUGCUUGGAGUGCAGGACCUGCUACACACAGGAGAAUCCUUCAUUGCCAGCCUCCUAGCCAGAUCACUUGGAUGGAGUGAGAACUUAUUAAACAUCACAGAACCCUGCCCCAUAUGGAACUGGGAACCCACCUCUGGCCUAGUAGCCAGGUGCCCUGGACAAAGCUGGGAACGCACCCCCGGCCUCGUAGCCAGGUGUCCAGGAUGGAGUUGGGAAUCCAGCCUCGUAGCCAAGUGCCCCGGACAGAGACGGGAACCCAUCCCCAGCCUUGUAGCCAGGUGCCCCGGACAGAGCUGGGAACCUAUUUAAUGUUGCUACUGUUGCUUUACAGGCCACAUCACUUAGCACCCACAAUGUAUCACACAUCAGACUAUGCUGCAAUAGGGUUCAUAGCCACCUGGCCCAACUCUCCCAGCCUAUUAAGCAUCCAGCAACUCAACACCGGCCCCCGCACAGCCUUUUGGGCUUGUUUAAAUUGCUCUGGUUUGGUGUAAAUUUGGUUUAGAAGCCAGUUUUUAGGCCCAGUGUAAACAUGGUGCCAGUGACCUGCAAGUGAGAGCAGCCAAGCCCUGGUGUGAUCCUAGCUAUCUGCGAAUCCAGCUCUCAUCUGUGCCAAGGUGCUGAGUCCAGGAUGAGGGUCCCUGCUUUGCCGGGAGGAUACUCCAGAGAGUGGAGGACUCAAAUCUCACAAAGGCCAAGUGAGAUUCAUCAGGCAGGAUCCACCCUGGGUCAAUUCAGACUAGCAAUGAAGGGCAAAUGUUUGUCAGGAUGGGGGAUUCCCCAGCGGGGCAGCUCCCCCUGGGACGGUGGGAGGAAUGCUUCAUCCCUUGGGGGCGCUACAUCCAGGCCAAAUGUCUCUAAAGGCUGUGCUCUGGCUCCAGCACAGAUCUGGGCUAGGGGCAGGAAUGGCUGCAGGUGAACCUCCAGCCCAUGUGAUACAGGGAGGCAGGCUGGGGGAUGGGUACGGUCCCUUCUCUCCUGUUAUCUGCAAUGGCCUUCCCACACGUGCCAGCUGUACAGAGGGAGGCUCUUGUGAACCAGGGUCUUAGAAGCUGGAUCUGGGCCCUUGUGUUUGCAGCAUCCCACAUAGAAUCAUAGAACUGGAAGAGACCUCAGAAGGUCAUCUAGUUUACUUCCCUGCACUCAUCUUCCUAGCGGUCGCAUUUCCUCCCCUUCUCCCAGGGUUGAGCUUUGUUCACGCUCAAACGAGACACUCGCAAGUAAAGCCCAAAGGCUUCCCAAGGAUGGGGAUGGUGCUCCCAGAAAACCCAGCCAGCCAGACGCCUCCAGAUGAGGUGCUACUAACAUCGCCUUCCCCUGGCAGCAUCUCCAGCGUGUGGCUACUCCAUAGAAGGUUGCUAGCUUAGAAGCACACUGAUAGCUGGGCUGGAUGCAGGAGUCAGGGGUGAGGUUCUGUGCUAUGCGGCAGGUCGGACAGGUGAUCACCGUAGUGUCUUCUGGCUUUAGGCUGUACACCCUUGUUCUAUUCUGUCCUUUAACCCAGUCUGUGCUGCUUCCAACCGUCCUGGUUCCCCUCUUGCCCAGUUCUCUGGUAUCUCUUGCCAGCACUCUAGCUUCCUCUGGUGAUGAAGAAACCCCCCAUUUCUGCAUUGUAACACUUCUAGGGAGUGAUCCUUAGCUCAUCAAGGGCUACAUUAUCUCUGAACAAUCUCUCCGGAACCACUCCCCUUCUCAGUCUAGUCCUCAAGAUGACAGUCAUUGGCUGUGCUCUUCCAGUCUGGCUUGGGGGAUGAUCAAAUCUGCCACCUGUUUGGAGGAGCUCUGUUCAGAGGCCAUUGCUGUUUCCUAAAGGCAUCUUGCAAGGUGAACUUGGGGUUGAACUUUAGCAGGAUGAGCAGCUUCUGGCCAGUCCCACAGUGGGAACAUUGGGAAGUAUAGCAGACAGCUAGCCCAAACUCGUGUUGCAGCACUGCCACGGUGGGGAGUGCUGGUAAAACACGUCAGAACAUUUCAAUGCAACAGCUUUCCUUAGCUCUGAGCCAUCCCAUGGAGCAGGCAGACCCAGCACAAACUCCCCUGCCCUCCUAAAAUCUCACUCUGUCUGUAGGUUGAACGUAAAUCUCAAGCCAUGAUAUGUGUCAACCUCCAGCCUGACUCUCUUGAGCAGAAAGAACAGGAGUACUUGUGGCACCUUAGAGACUAACAAAUUUAUUAGAGCAUAAGCUUUCGUGGGCUACAGCCCACUUCUUCGGAUGCGUAUAGAGUGAAACAUAUAUUAAGGAGAGA